CGCCUGCUAUUCUGUAAGAGCCAGCCUGGGCGCCGGUACAGUCAGGAAUAGUGCGUGAACGUCGGAUUUCUGCCUUAUUUCCCUGCAGGUGACUCGGAAACUUCACAAUGCGGCUGGAAGAACUCAAAAGGCUUCAGCACACCUUGGAACAGGUCAAUGAUGGCAAAGACUUGCUUCAAAGCCAUCAGCUUGCCAUGGAUGAAGAAAAUAAUAUUGAAAAAUAUCACAUCAACUUACAGCCCUUGGAAUCAAAAGUGAAAAUUAUCCAGCGAGCAUGGCGUGAGUACCUGCAGCGCCAGGACCUGCCGCACCAGGAGCAGCUGGACAAGCGCAGUCCCUCCCCGCCGUCCCUCUCCUCGGACAAGAUGAGCAGGUCCAUCAGCAUGAACACCUUCUCCGACAGCAGCACGCCGGACUCCCGGGAGGAUGGGAUGGAUUUAGGGAGCGACGCCGGCAGCAGCCGCUCCAGCUCGGAGUCCAACUCCAGCAAAGCCACGCCGUGCUCGGAGGGCAAGUCCUCGCCGUCCCCCAGCAGCCUGGACCUGGCGGCGCUGGAGGACUCGGAGGAGGAGGAGGAGGACGGGGGCUACCUGCCCUCCCCGCCGGCGCGCCGGGACCCGCCGCGCUGCCCCGCCGGCGAUGCCCGCUGCCGCGCCGCGCCCGUCCGCCGGAGCGGCUCGCCCGCCGCCGCCGCGCCCCGCCGCCCCGCCGCCGCCCGCCCGCGGCCGCACCAGCGCCCGCCGCCGCUGCCCCCGCAGGAGCGGCGGCGCGGCGGGGCGGCGGGGUCGGGCGGGCGGCGGGCGCGGCGGGGCGGCGGAGCGCAGCCCCCGCGGGAACCGCAGCCGCCGGCCAUGGACUGGGCGGCCCUGGAGAGGCACCUGGCGGGGCUGCAGUGCCGAGAGCAGGAGCGCGGCCAACGGGCCAACCCCGCCUCGGCCCAGAAGAAUGAGCGGGAGUCCAUCAGGCAGAAGUUGGCUCUGGGCAGUUUCUUCGACGAUGGCCCGGGACUUUACACCAGCUGCAGCAAGAGCGGCAAGCCGAGCCUCUCCUCCCGAUUACAAAGUGGGAUGAACCUGCAGAUUUGCUUCGUGAACGACAGCGGCAGCGACAAGGACAGCGAUGCCGACGACAGCAAGACAGAAACCAGCCUGGACACACCGUUGUCGCCCAUGAGCAAGCAGAGCUCGUCCUACUCCGACAGAGACACGACGGAGGAAGAGUCGGAGUCCCUCGAUGACAUGGAUUUCCUCACCAGGCAAAAGAAACUCCAAGCUGAAGCCAAAAUGGCCUUGGCUAUGGCGAAGCCUAUGGCCAAAAUGCAGGUCGAGGUGGAAAAGCAGAACAGGAAGAAAUCGCCGGUAGCGGAUCUUCUGCCACAUAUGCCUCAUAUAAGUGAAUGCCUGAUGAAGAGAAGUUUAAAACCCACUGAUCUAAGAGACAUGACUAUCGGGCAGCUACAAGUGAUAGUCAAUGAUCUCCACUCACAGAUAGAAAGCUUGAACGAGGAGCUGGUUCAGCUGCUGCUCAUUCGGGACGAGCUGCACACGGAGCAGGACGCGAUGCUGGUGGACAUCGAGGACCUGACCAGACAUGCCGAAAGUCAGCAGAAGCACAUGGCGGAGAAGAUGCCGGCAAAAUGAACCCCGGAGCCCCGGGAGCAGAGCUCGAGCGAGACUUCAUUUUGCUUCUGUGUGUGUCCAAGCGCUGAUGUCCACGGUGGCGCACAAGAAAACCCAGUGUUAGUCAUUGACCAUGUCUGAAGCUUUAUGUCCGGUGAUUGGCCUCCGCUUCUUAAUUUAUUUUAAUUUUUUUACUCGUGCCACUAAAUAUCAGGCAUUUUAAUAAUAUUAUUACAAAAAAUGUACAGUACUUAUAACAUUAUAAAUCAUGGGUGAGAAGAGAGGGUAGUUUAACUUUAUUUUUGUUUGUUUAGAGAUUUUCGGUUGAAUGAUAUUUUACCAUUGACUACUUUUUUAUUCUUCACUGUAGUUUUAAAAUAAAGAAACUGUACUUGACGGUGCUAUACAAGUCAAAAAAAAAAAUACAUGCCUGCCUCGUAGUGAAGUUGUAGCUUUCAGUAAUAUGUAUAUUUUAAUCAGUUUUCAACAUUUUGUGAAUGUUGACUACCUGACAUUCAUUUUUAGAUGUGCUAUUAACAUUCGGUUGGAUUCAGAGAGUUACCUUGAAAGUUUUAUGUAUAAAUAUGUAAAAUAAAAAUUAAAAAAAUUGUUUCAUAUGAUACGUCUUUUGUUGCCUAGUGGUUGACUUUGGUGAUGCACCAGUAAUGUAUUCCUCGAACUAAAUGUGCAAUUCCUAAUUUGUCAUCACCAGAAAGAGCCUUUUUUUUUUUUUUUUUUUUUUUUUUUUGCCGAUCACAUGAAAUUAUG